GCCAUAAAUAUGGACCCAAAACUAUGGAUAGAUCCCGAAAAGUUUGAACCGCAAAGGUUUCUAAGAAAUGGAAAGGUUUUUAAACCUGAUCAUUUUAUACCAUUCUCUGUCGGGCGGCGAAUGUGUUUAGGAGAUGUAUUGACUAAAAUGGAAGUCUUUCUCUUCCUCUCGAGUUUAUUACAAGAAUUCGAUUUAUGUGUUCCCGAUAUCGAAGACCCGCCCAAAGCGCAGGGCAUUGUCGCCGCCUCUAUGGCACCCAAACCAUAUCAGGUGUGCGCCGUUCCCCGCAAUCGCAACAACUGA